AAAAAUCAUAUAACUUCAUAGUAAUUUCAUAAUCGACAUUUAGUAUUAAUAUUUAGAACGAUGUAUAUAUACAAUCUUCUUAAUAAAAUGAUUUUAUUUCAAAAUUAAUGGAUAAUUUUAUAUCGAGUUUCUAGUAACAUUCGGUAAAUAUUCGAUAGAAGUAGGAAGAAAAUGGAAAACGCAAUAUUUCUUUCAUUUCUACUUCCAAGAAAAUAUCAAGAGUAUUCUAUACAAUUUGAAGCGAAUUGUUUGCUAAUUCGAAUAUUCAAAUUUAGCAGACAACUUCUAGAUAUAAGGGAGCACAAUUUGAAGAAAGUAAUUGCCAAACUUGGCGUGAGUUUUAAAGUGCAGUUUUUUUUCAUGUUUUUUUUGUGCCUAAUCAUCAGUAGAUCCGCAAUUUCGAUCGAACUCGUUUCAUCUCCGACAUGAUGGAUCAUUUUGGAAUGGAUUACACAAGCGACGACGUUGUCGUUUAUAGACACUAGGUGAGUGCAUAUCCUAACCAUACACUUUACGUCGUACACGGCCAAGCAAUGCGAUAGCGAUAAUUUGGUGCACGUACGUGGAGGUCUACGUCGUCUUGGGAGAGUUGAUCAUUUUGUGUUAUUUACUACGAAUCCCAUAACGAGAAGAGAAUGAUGUCUCUUAAGUUAAUUCGUCCAUACAGCCAGUUCACAAACAACAAACCGGCUAACCUGAUCAGGAACGAAUUUCUGGAUUACUUCUCAAAGGAUUUAAAACACGACAUUGUUCGUUCUAGUCCUGUAGCUCCGAUUAGCGAUCACUCUUUGGCAUUUAUUAACGCUGGUAUGAAUCAGUUUAAAGGGGUUUUUCUAAAUUAUUACAAACCUCCUGCGACGAGAGUUGCAAACUCGCAAAAGUGUAUCAGGGUUGGUGGAAAGCACAAUGACCUCAGUGUUGUCGGUAACGAUAGUUAUCAUCAUACCUUUUUUGAAAUGCUUGGCAAUUGGUCUUUUGGAGAUUAUUUCAAGGAAGAAGCUUGUUCAUAUGCCUGGAAUCUGUUAACAAAUGUAUAUAAUAUACCUAAGGAAUAUCUAUAUGUAACAUAUUUCGGAGGUGAUGAGAAAUUAGGCAUGAGCCCAGAUCUGGAGUGUAAGGAUAUCUGGUUGAGACUUGGUCUGCCAGAAUGUAAAGUUUUACCUUUCGGUAUGCGAGACAAUUUCUGGGAAAUGGGAGUAUCAGGUCCUUGUGGGCCUUGUACAGAGAUACAUGUAGACUAUAUGAAACGGGCUGCUAAUCAAGCCGAGAGAGUGAAUAAGGGAUAUGCUGAUCUUAUGGAAUUAUGGAAUAUAGUUUUUAUACAGUAUGAAAGGCUUGCGAAUGGAUAUAUAGUACCUUUACCAAAACAUCAUGUUGAUACAGGCAUGGGACUUGAACGACUAGUUACCUUAUUACAAGGAAAAACCUCAAAUUAUGAUACAGAUCUUUUCCAGCCGUUGUUUGAUGCAAUACGAAAAUGUUCGAAUGCGCCAGAAUACAAAGGAACGUUUGAUAACGACGAUAUAGGCAAAAUUGACUACGGUUACAGAAUCCUAGCAGAUCAUGCAAGAAUGGUUACUGUUGCUUUAGCAGAUAAUAUGUUGCCUGAACAACACCCAAAACUACGGAAAAUAUUAAGACACGCAAUAGAUGUAGGGGAGAAAGUUUUCAACAGAUCAGGCAUAAUUUCAAAACUUACCUGUAACGUAGCUGAUAAUCUGAGCAUAGUUUAUCCAGAAUUGCACAGCAAUUUGAAACAGGUACAAAGAAUAAUAGAUUUUGAAGAAGAUUUAUUUAAAAGAUUACGGAAGACUUCUGGUAAAAUAUGGAGCAAAAUGGUUGAAACUCGUCCCGAAUUAGCAGCAAUUACUGAUUGGAUGGCUGCUGGUCUAGUUGACGGUUACAAAGAUCUACAAUCUAUGUUGAAAGAGUUACGUAAAAUGAAUGUAUUACCCGGAACUGUUGCAUUUAAGCUGUAUGACACAUAUGGCCUUAGUUCGGAAACUAUAGCGGAACUGGCGCAAAUUGAAUCUUUAUAUUUUGACGAAAUUGAUUUUGAGAAGCAACUUGAUAAUCGUAGAUAUCAAUCCAGAAUUGGAUUAGACAAACAUAGCACUGUACUUACUAAGGAGUCUCUUGGAAUACUUGAAAAAAAUCAUGUACCUAAAACGGAUGAUUCAUUCAAAUAUAAUUAUACAUAUAACGGAAAUAAUUAUAUAUUUCCAACAAUUAACAGUAAACUCAUUGGCAUAGUUAUCAAUGGAGAAUUAAUUGCAAAUAAAAAUUGUGCUGACAUUACAAAAGUUAAUAAUAUCGAUAAUAAAAUAAUUCUAAAUAUCGACGAGAUUUUGAAUGAUACAAACAAGAUUGGUAUUAUAUUGGACAAGACUGUAUGUUAUUCAUUGGAAGGUGGCCAGGUUUCAGAUAAAGGAAAUAUUCUUAUAAAGAAUUUGCUUUUUAAUAUAGAUAACAUUAGAAAGAUAAACGGCUAUGUAAUUCAUUCUGGACAUUUCGCCAAAACAGAUUUACCCAUAUCAGAGCUGCAUUUACAAAUAGAGGAUGAUUGCAUAGUCAAUAUAGAACCAAAUAUUCGUGUCGGAGCGAUGAAACAUCAUACAGCAGCGCAUUUAUUGAAUGCAGCUUUAAAACAAGUUAUGCAAGUAAUUUAUCAACGUGGUUGUACAGUUGACACAGAUAGUUUGAAAUUUCAAUUCAAUUCGUUCGGCGAACAACUUACAUCAAAACAAAUGAAAACAAUAGAAGAUUGCAUUAACAAUGUUAUACAGUCUCAGGUUACGACAAUGGUGCAAACAUUAAAUUUAUUUGAAUUGUUGAAACAAAAUGACGUUACAUUGAUCCCAGGAGAGGUAUAUCCUUAUACAAACAUUAGAGUCGUAGAGAUCAAUGCUGACAAUUUGAAAGCAAAGGAAACAUGCUGUGGUACGCAUGUUCACAAUACAAGUGUACUGCAACAUUUUUGUUUUUUAACCUAUACCUCAAAAGGAGCAACAAAGCGCACUGUUAAGGCUAUUGUUGGCCCACAAGCCUUACGUAUGAAACAAGCUGGUGAAAAAAUAUGCCAAAGAAUUACGGAGUUAGAGGAUAGUUUACAGAGCGAUACAUUUACAUAUGACCUAUUAAAUGCAGAAAUAAAUCGGAUAAAACAAGAAAUUAAUAAUCAGAACAUACAAAUACAGUUACCUUAUUUGAUUAAGGAGAAGUGUUUGACACAUCUGGAGAAUUUGAGCAAGACAGUAUGGUUGCGAGCAAAAGAAAUUGAAAAAGAUUCUGUAAUACGUGAAAUUUCGGAUGCCACAAAUUCAUCAUGUUUCAUCGUUCAUUGCUUAAAUAAAAAUCCUCUAUUUUUGUCAUUGCACGAAAUCAUAUCUCUCUUUUCUGGAAUACCAAUAUUAGUUCUAUCUUACACAAAUGAAUUUGUAAAAGCAAGAUGUUCCAUACCGCAGGAAAUGACUUCUACUGCAUUUAACGCACAAACCUGGAUGGAUAUUGUUCUUCAAAUAUUUAAUGCAGAACAUGGGCCUAUUAAAGGAUUCAAACCCUCGUUAGUCGCAAGUAUGAAAUCUACUAAAGUAUCACAGGAUUUUCAAAUACAUAUGGAAAAAGCAAUUAUAGAAGCUACGAAAUUUGCAUCUAUACAUGUAAAAAAAGUUUCCAUCAGUAAUAAAAAGCAAUGAAUGAUUCUA